AUGAUGCCGACGCUCGAGCCACAACUCUCCAUCGAUGAUAUUCUCGUCAAAGAGCAACUAAUGAAUGAUGAGGUUUCGUCAAAUGGCCAAAACUCCCUCCGGACCUCACGAUCAUCUCUUAUCAAAAGGAAAAAACGUCACCAUGGUCGUCAUCAAUACUUGCCUGUGGCGUUCGCGGCAUCGUUGUUCGGGAUUCUAGCCACUGUCAGCCUUCUGUUGGCUCUUGCAUGUUUAGUCAUACGGCAAAAGUCAUGCGAACAUCCUCUACCUUCCAGAGGCUCAACAAAUCUCAGAGAAGACAGAAGCAGGCUCGAUCGAAUAUCAAAGGAGCUUUCGGAUCACUUCAGUCCAACUCGAAUCAAGCAGAACCUGAGGUGGAUGGCCUCAACAUCACAUAUCGCUGGAACUGUCGAAAAUGCUGCACUGAUUCGACGGCUUAGUGAAGAGUACGGUCGUCUUGGCUUUUCGGUGAAGGCGUACAACUACAGCGUUCUAUUGAACUAUCCGGAUUUCGAGAAUCCAAACACGGUGGAAGUGGAAAAAGAGGGCGGUUUAUGGUGGCGUUUGAGUCGCGGACGUGGUCAUCCCAGCGGACCUCAACAAGCUGUCAACGAGGUCGUUCGCGCUACGCCUAAUCAACUAGAUGGCCGUUCCGAAGUUUGGUGGAAUGCGUAUUCAGCAGAUGGAUCUGUUGAAGGUCGUAUGGUGUACUGCAAUUUUGGAACCGUGGAAGAUUUCAAUACACUUGAAGAGAUGGGUAUUGAUGUCCAAGGAGCUGUGGUAUUGAUACGGUACGGUGCCGUAGUGAGAUCCGAAAAAGUCGAAGAAGCUGAAAAUCGAGGAGCUAUCGGCGUUGUGCUGUACAGCGAUCCAGCUCAGUACGUCGAUUCAAACAUUAACGGCACGUUUCCACAUUCUUCGUCUCUUCCUGGGCUCGACGCUCAAAGGGGUUCUGUUGGACGAGUGCCUGGCGAUCCCUUAACACCUUUGCUGCCAUCACUUCCCUAUGUGACACGCAGUGAAAACAUGGAAAGUCUCCGACGAAAGAAAGUGCUACCUGCUAUUCCAGUAACACCUAUCAGUUACGAUGAUGCUCAACGAAUUAUGGACUAUAUGGAUGGUCCCACUGUAACACGGACUGAUUGGAUCGGUGGGUUAUCAAGGUACAGAUGGAGCAGUCGUCGGAAAUUCCGGCUGAAUGUUCGAUCAAGGUUCGCAAAGAGAACUAUUACCAAUAUUAUAGCUGUACUGGAAGGAAAAGAAGAACCUGAUCGCUGGGUGAUGUUGGGAAAUCACGUCGAUGCAUGGGGAAAGGGCGCAAUUGAUCCGAUUUCUGGCACUGCUGUGCAACUUGAGGUGGCAACAGUGUUAGCAAAGGCAAGUGACUCAAAUGUUCUUGAGAAGCACCCACCAAGGCGUUCUAUUGUGUUUUGCCACUGGGAUGCUGAGGAGUUUGGCCUGAUCGGCUCCAGCGAGUGGAUAGAGCAGCGGCUAGGAGUACUACAAAGGCGGGCAGUUGCCUACAUCAAUGUCGACCAUAUAGCCGGAGGCAGCUCACUAGAUAUAAAGGCGGUUCCACUUCUAUAUCGGGCAAUAGUUGAAGCGUCCCAAAGGACGCCAUACUCCGACGGCUCCACCGGCGAAAGCCUGCUUGAUUCCUGGAGGAAUUUCCGUCGACGCGGUCCAUUUCUUGGUGAUCGUGCUGUGCCCGAAAUAGGCUUACCAGCAAGAGGAUCAGAUUACCAGCGAUUCAUAACAUUUGCUGGGAUUCCUGCAGCUGACAUCAAAUUGGAGCAGAGGCCUGGUCAAUCGUACGCUCUUUAUCACACAAUGUAUGAAACCCCAUGGACCGUUGAGAAUCUGAUUGAUCCGAAAUUCGCUUCACUCACAUCUGUGGGUCAGCUGUGGGUGGAGAUAGUUCAUCGACUAGCUAAUAGUUUGGUGAUUCCCUUCAACGUGUUGGACUACGCUCAGUCAUUGCUGGUAUUGUUUCAUAAGGCCGAGGUUCACUUGUCAAAUAUGGAGUUGACCAAAACGAUCCCCUGGUUACCACAUAAAUUGGGUAGCUUGAAGGAAGCUCUACGUCGUUUUCACAGCACUGCUCGACUCAUACAAGCCGAGGCUCAGGACAUUUCAAACGGCCUGAAUGGAGUUUCCGUCCAACGGCUCAAUUCUAUCAACGCUCGUCUACAGUACAUUGAGCGUUCGUUUCUGAACCCAAUAGCCACCAUGGAAGAGCCUUACUAUCGUCAUUUGGUAUUUUCACCAUCUAUGCAAUCGACACGAAUUACAUCGUUUUCCAGUAUUCUUGACCCUGCUAUUAGAUAUCAUCAAUCUCGUAACGAGACUCACCUGCAUCAUUUGGCAAUGGCCAUUACGAAAGUACAGUACGCAGUUGAAAGUGCCAUUGAUGCACUCCACUAUAUUCUUGACCCUGCUAUUAGAUAUCAUCAAUCUCGUAACGAGACUCACCUGCAUCAUUUGGCAAUGGCCAUUACGAAAGUACAGUACGCAGUUGAAAGUGCCAUUGAUGCACUCCACUAG